AUGGUCACCACGGAGGAGAAGUGGAAUUUCAUUACUCGUCGGCAAUCCUUCCUCGAAGAUGCCGACGCGGAAUCUCUCAAACAGCUGCUGGAAGUAAAGCCCAAGCUGAAGUUAGCCUGGGAGACUACCCCAACUGGAAAGCCCCAUGUGGGAUACUUUGUGCCAAUUGCCAAGCUGCUUGACUUUGUGAGAGCUGGGCUCGAUGUCACUGUGUACUAUCUUGAUGUUUACGGUUUCCUUGUCAACUAUAUCCAUUCCAUGGAAACCGUGGCCUAUCGACAACGGUAUUACCACUUCCUGGUCACUGCCAUCCUGAAGGCCCUCGGCGUAUCGCCAUCUCAAGUGAACUUCGUGGCUGAGUCCAGCAUUGCCUACGAAAAGAACUUCGUGGUCGAUGUCCAGAAACUCUGCGCUAUCAUGAAGCAACAGGACGCGCGGGAUACUUCGGCCGAAGUCUCAGAGACGGAGCAGAUUAGUCCUUUACUCUGCUCCAUCCACCAGUCACUCUCGGAGCCGUACCUGGAUCUGGAUAUCCAGUAUGGUGGCGAGGAUCAGACGGGUCUCUUUGAGCACGCUAAGAAGUUCAUCCCCAUGCUGGGGUAUCGUCGCCGGGAGCAUCUGAUGAAUGUCAUGGUUGCGGGCCUCGAUGGGCUGAAAAUGUCCUCUUCCAAGCCUGCGGAAACAAAAAUUGAGUUUCUCGACGAUCCGGACACCGUUCGUGACAAGAUCUCUCGGGCCGCUUGCCCGGAGCGACAAGUUACUGGAAACGGUGUCUUGGGGCUGCUUCGAGACGUUUUGAUUCCUAUUAGUGAGCAGCGCGUGGAAAGAUUGCAAGGGAAAGUGGGCCUUAACGUGGAUGAAAAUUCCAUUUCCCAGCUGGACCAGCGUCCUUUUUGCAGUGCUGGGUCCCCUAGCGGUACGGUUUUUACAACCUACGCUGACAACGGAGAGGAGCAGAACUUUGCAUCGUAUGAGGCUGUUGAAGUCGCAUACCUAGCAGGCCAGGUUGCGCCAGUUGCUUUGAAGAGAGCGGUGGUAGAGUCGUUCAAUGCUCUCUUGGCUCCUAUUCGCGCCGCGUAUGCGGAAAAUGAAGAAUGGCAAGAGGUGGAUAGAUUGGCGUACCCUGAUGGAAACUAA